AUGAACAAACCUUUACGAACCCAACACCCACUCUUUAAAAUUGCAAAUAAUGCAUUAGUAGAUCUUCCAGCUCCAAUUAACAUUUCAGCCUGAUGAAACUUCGGGUCUUUAUUAGGCCUAUGUUUAAUUAUUCAAAUUCUAACAGGAUUAUUUUUAGCUAUACACUAUACAGCAGACAUCAACUUAGCAUUCAAUAGAGUAAAUCACAUCUGUCGUGAUGUAAACUACGGAUGAUUACUUCGAACUCUUCAUGCUAAUGGUGCAUCAUUUUUCUUUAUUUGCAUCUAUUUACACGUUGGACGUGGAAUUUACUACGGAUCUUACUUAUUUACCCCUACCUGAUUAGUAGGAGUACUAAUCCUAUUCUUAGUAAUAGCAACAGCAUUUAUAGGAUAUGUCCUACCCUGAGGUCAAAUAUCCUUCUGAGGAGCCACAGUUAUUACUAAUUUAUUAUCAGCUAUCCCUUAUCUAGGAAUUGACUUAGUUCAAUGAGUAUGAGGAGGAUUUGCAGUAGAUAAUGCCACACUUACUCGAUUCUUCACAUUCCACUUCAUUUUACCAUUUAUUGUAUUAGCAAUAACUUUAAUCCACCUACUUUUUCUUCACCAAACCGGCUCUAAUAACCCAAUUGGCCUAAAUUCUAAUAUUGACAAAAUCCCCUUUCAUCCCUACUUCUCUUACAAGGACAUUGUAGGAUUUGUUAUUAUAAUCGCAGCACUAAUCCUGCUAACGCUAAUUAAUCCAUACUUACUAGGAGACCCAGAUAAUUUUAUCCCCGCCAACCCUCUGGUUACCCCAGUACACAUUCAACCAGAGUGAUACUUCUUAUUCGCUUAUGCAAUUCUACGAUCUAUUCCUAAUAAACUUGGAGGGGUAAUUGCACUAGUUCUGUCAAUUGCUAUUCUAGCAAUUCUCCCUUUCUACCACUUAAGAAAAUUCCGAGGUAUUCAAUUCUAUCCCAUCAAUAAAAUUUUAUUUUGAACUAUAGUUGUAACUGUAAUUUUAUUAACAUGAAUUGGAGCACGACCUGUAGAAGAACCUUAUGUAUUAGUAGGUCAAAUCUUAACUGUAAUCUACUUCUUAUAUUAUAUUAUCAACCCCUUAGUAAAUAAAUGAUGAGACAACUUAAUUAAUU